ACGCCCAGCGUCUACAUUGCCACCAAAGCGUAAAACACAUUUCCAGUCUGGCAAUACCAUUGGUCUUGUUAACAUUUUGACAUUUAACAAUUUUCAGUCUGGCAGUACCCUUUUUAUACGCGAUUGUGCGAUUUAGCCGUCGAAUAUUUUAUUCGUUCUAUUAACUAACAAACAACAGGGGUGCAAAAGAGUAAGCUAAAGUCGCCAACAUGUCAAGAUUUUUCGCAAAUGGUUCUGACUCGGAAACCGAUUCCGGGGAUGAGGAGGUUCAGAUCCCAACCCAAGCUAAAGCCACAGCCUACGCCUUCAGUGACGAUGAGGAGGAGGUCAAGCGUGUUGUACGCUCCACCAAGGAAAAACGUUAUGAGAACAUUACUGCCCUCAUCAAAACCAUACGAAAUCAUAAGAAAAUUAAAGACAUGGCUAGCAUAUUAACUACAUUUGAAGAUCUGACCAGGGCCUAUCAAAAGGCAUUGCCGGUUAUAUCCAAGGAAGAAAACGGUAUUACACCCCGUUUCUAUGUGCGCUGUCUGGCCGAAUUAGAAGACUUCAUCAAUGAGGUGUGGGAGGAUAGGGAAAGCCGCAAAAACUUGUCCAAGAACAGUGCCAAGUCUUUGGGUACAUUGCGUCAGAAGGUGCGCAAAUACAUCAAAGAUUUCGAAGAUGAUUUGGCCAAGUUCCGUGAAAAUCCUGAUCAAGAAAGCGAGGCCGAAGAUGAAGAGGCCGCCGAAGAAUCCGAUCAAGAUAAGGAUGAUGAUUUUGGCAGCGCUGGCGCCAAUCGCGAUUUGAAACAACAAAUGUCGGCGGAUCAAAAAAGCUCAAAGUCUGCUCCCUCCAAAAUUGAUCAGGCUGAUGAUGAGUCCGAUGAUUCCAUUGAUUGGGAUUCCGAUUCUGAAUCGGAAUCAGAGUCUUCAGAUGAUGACAAUCAAUAUGUCAACAUUCGUGAUCGUUUCUUGAAGAAGGCGGCCACUGGCAAGGAAGAUAAGGACGAACGGGAGGACCGUAAAAAGGAAAAGCGUACCAAGGAACCAAAAAUGCGCCGCAAGCAAGAAGAGGGCGACGAUGAGGGUGUAUGGGAAAUUGUUGUCAAGGGCCCGGUUGUGGAGAAGCCCAAAAUGUUCGAACAAGAUGCCGAAAUUGAUGUACCCUUGGUAUUGGCCAAGUUGUUGGAAAUCAUGUCUGCCCGUGGCAAGAAACGUACCGAUCGCCGUAUGCAGAUCGAUAUGCUUUUCGAGCUAUUGGAAAUUUCCGAACAACACAACUUGGGUGUUGCUGUGGCCGUUAAAAUCCACUUCAACAUUAUCUCUGCCAUCUAUGACUACAACCAAAAGAUUUCGGAACCAAUGAAAUUGGAACAUUGGGGCAAAUUGUUGGAUGUUAUGCAGAGCAUGAUGAAAUUAUUGUUGGCCAAUGAGAACAUUGUCAUGAGCGAAAGCGUUUCCGAGGAGAAUGAGGAAUUCGUGGAAGCGCCGUUCCAUAUUCGUGGCUGUCCUUUGGCUGCUGUAGAACGUUUGGACGAUGAGUUCACCAAGUUGCUCAAGGAGUGUGAUCCCCAUUCCAAUGAUUAUGUGGUGCGUCUCAAGGAUGAGGUGACCGUGACCAAGAUCAUUGAAAGUGUUUUGCAAUAUUUCGAAAAGAUUGGCAACAACAAUGAGCGUUGCCGCAUCUAUUUGAGAAAGAUUGAACAUUUGUACUACAAAUUCGAUCCUGAGGUAUUGAAACAGAAACGCAAGGAGCUUCCUGCCGGCACUGUUACUUCCGUCCAGGUUAUGGAUCGCCUGUGUAAAUUCAUUUAUGCCAAGGAUGAUACCGAUCGUAUUCGUACUCGUGCCAUUUUGGCCCAUAUCUACCACCAUGCUCUGCAUGAUAACUGGUUCCAGGCCCGUGAUUUGGUACUCAUGUCCCACUUGCAGGAUAGCAUUGAUUCUGCCGAUCCUUCCACCAAGAUCCUGUACAAUCGCAUGAUGGCCAAUUUGGGAUUGUGUGCCUUCCGUCAGGAAAACAUCAAGGAUGCCCAUCACUGUUUGGUCGACCUAAUGGUCACUGGCAAACCCAAAGAAUUGUUGGCCCAAGGCUUGUUGGCUCAACGCCAACAUGAACGUUCCGCCGAGCAGGAAAAAAUUGAGAAACAACGUCAAAUGCCCUUCCAUAUGCACAUUAAUUUGGAAUUGUUGGAAUGUGUGUACCUUGUGUCGGCCAUGCUCAUUGAAAUUCCCUACAUUGCUGCCCAUGAGUUCGAUGCUCGUCGUCGCAUGAUCAGCAAGACAUUCUAUCAACAAUUGCGUUCGUCGGAGCGUCAAUCCCUCGUCGGUCCUCCUGAGUCUAUGCGUGAACACGUUGUGGCUGCUGCCAAGGCAAUGCGCUGCGGCAACUGGCAGGCAUGUGUCAACUUCAUUGUCAACAAGAAAAUGAACACCAAGGUCUGGGAUCUUUUCUACGAAUCGGAUCGUGUGCGUGAAAUGUUGGUGAAGUUCAUCAAGGAGGAAUCGUUGCGCACCUAUUUGUUUACCUAUUCGAAUGUCUAUACUUCGUUGAGCAUUCCUUCCUUGGCUCAGAUGUACGAGUUGCCUGUACAAAAGGUUCAUUCAUUGAUAAGUAAAAUGAUCAUCAAUGAAGAGUUGAUGGCUAGUUUGGAUGACCCCAGCGAAACGGUGGUUAUGCAUCGUUCGGAACCCUCACGUCUACAGGCUUUGGCAAUGCAGUUUGUUGAUAAGGUCACCAAUUUGGUGGAUGUCAAUGAAAAGAUAUUCGAUAUGAAACAGGGUAACUUCUUCCAACGUGGCAAUAUGGGUAACCGUGAUCGUGGCUAUAACCGCAAUCAAAACAAUCAAGGUGGUGGCAACUGGGGUGGUCAACGUCGCGACAAUCGCAAUCAGCGCAAUCGUAAUCAGCGCAACCAACAUCAUCAUAAGCAGCAACAACAACAGCAGCACCAUCAACAGCAGCAACAACAGCAGCAGCAACAGCAACAACACGAACAACCCCUGCAACAAGUCGUCGAAGAGGAGUAAAUCCUCGUUUGGGGUCGAUAUCGCAAGAAAGAGACGGAAGAGGAGGAGGGAGAGAAGGAGAAAAGAAACGCGUUUAUUACCACUACCACCACCAGCAACACCAGCAACAAAAUCUAUUCCUCCGGGGGAAUUGUAUUAUGGACUAUUUAGGCUAUAAUGUUUAUUGCAAUCUUUGUCGAUUAGCUCCCGGUCACAAUGUGUCGUGACUUCUCUCAGCCCGUUGCAUUGUGGCCGGGGGCAAAUAAAAAAUAUAUUUUUUAUUUGUAAUUUAUAAUAAUUUGUUUAUUCGUUUUUUUAUAUAUGAAACAAAGCUGUAAAGGAAGAUUGUAAGAAGCAAUGGCAAAGACUUAAAAGAUGCUGUUGCACAUUCAAAACGCGUCAUUGUUGUCCCCUCAUUGUAAACUAGGAGAAGCAAUUUUUUUAUGUAAUUCAUUAAAAAAAAAAAACAAAAAGUAAAACAAAAAUAUCUGAUAAAAACCAUUAAUAUUUAAUAAAGAAAAAAAGAGAAAACUCCGAAAAGGA